AUGGCCAAGUUCCACCAAAGCUUCAUGAUGCAACCAAAAAAGCUUGUUUGUGUGCGAUGGAAUCGGAUGGGCUUCGUCCUGGCAGUGUUGGUCGUGCUGCUCAGUGAAAGUGUAAUUCAGUGCGCAACUCCAAAGGCUCUUGCGGGCAACUCUCACGGUACCAACUGUCCAAACUGCGUGGAAGAAUCGUCUGCACCGCCACGAUGGACUAUGCCGUUGUUGAAGCUCGGAGAAAAGCGUUACUAUCUUAGCAUUUUCUUUAAAGCUAACUGGUUCAAGGCACUGCAGUACUGUCGGUUCCACGGAAUGCAGCUCGCUAGUAUACAGACACAGGAAGAAAACGAUCGGUUGGAGAAAUAUGUGAAAGAUUAUGGUCUUGCAACGGAACAUUUCUGGACCUCUGGUACCGAUCUGGCCGAAGAAGGCAGCUUCUUCUGGGUGUCGAACGGGCGACCGCUUUCCUUCACGAAUUGGAACGCCGGUGAACCGAACAACUUCCGCUACGAAAACGGUGAGGAGGAACACUGUCUCGAGCUGUGGAACCGCGAUGGCAAGGGUCUCAAGUGGAACGACACACCCUGUAGCUUCGAAACGUACUUCAUCUGCGAGGUCUAA